GGACUUCCCUAAGAGACAGUCAGCUGACAACCGGGAUGACCUACUUAAACCCGUGAAACGGACGACUGUCAACUUGACAAGCUAUAAAUUUCCAGAAAGGGGAGAAAUCUCUGUAAGCCAACAAGAGCUCGAUCUGAGCGCAGGGGAAUGCUGCAGGCUCCAACACCGGUUUGACGAGACUGUCAUUCAAGCUGGGCUGCUGAUGUCACAACAGGGCAGGUUACAACCCACACUGUGCCAUCAGACAACGAGUAGGUUAAGGCGACCUUGUUUCAAAGUGCUGUUUUUGGUUUUUAUUGUUUAUUUAAUCCUUCUGAACCUGCCUUUGAAAACAAAGUUACUUUCCUUUCAUAAUCUUGUAUUUUAGAACAGGACACCCUGUGAUGGUCUCCAGAGGCAGACAGAGAAUGAAUGAGGAUGGAAGAAACACCCACAACCUUGUAGAGAGAGUGAAAACUCAUAUCUCACGCCCUGUUGGAGCCUGGGGCUAGUGAAUUUAACGAGAACAUGUCAAAUGUGUUCACGUUUAACACAAAGCAAAUAUAUCCAGAUAGUCUGAAUGGAGGAGCUUAAUAGUUAUAAGUACAAUUGGCUCUCUGCCAGCCACAUAGUAGAGAGUGUCUUUUUGAGGAUGUGGGACUAAUGAAUAGGACAGAUGAAAUCUUUACUUCCUAUUUUGCUGGCGUACUGUUUUUUUUUAACCAUUCUUUAAAUGAUUUUUUUUACAGCUCCAGUUGCCUUUGUUUUGUAGUGAAGUGGCAGGAAAGUGGGCAAGGAGGAAGGCAUAAGUGGCAAGGGUCAACUGGCCGGGACUGGAACCCGUGAAGGCAGCGUGGAGGGCUGGCCUCCGUAAAUGGGUCGCACGGUUUCCCCCUCGGCCGCGCCCAUUUGCUAGCAGCUUUGCCUUGGUGGGAUAAUAGCGGCGCAGUCGGUGUAGCGCAGAGGCUCCUGUAGCUCUCAGCACUUCUCUUUCAGACCUGGCUUACCCUCAGCGCACUGUCAGCGGUGGAGAGCUUCCGGAUGGCACUCAACAAGCCCCCACCCCAACCAUUCCUCCGACUUCCGAGCAACUCGUGCAUCCGAUGGCAUCACAGAAGGUGUGGGGAAGCUGCCAGUCAUUUCAGGCCGCGUUUGUGUUAUAACUCCCAAGAAGCGCUUUUACACACCACUGAGGAAACAAACAUGGCAGACGAACAGUCCACCCAGUCCUGGACCAUUAACAGGGAUGACUACGAACUCAACGAGGUGAUAGGGAGUGGAGCCACUGCAGUUGUUCAGGCAGCAUACUGCAAGCCAAGAAAGGAGAAGGUGGCCAUCAAACGCAUCAACCUGGAAAAGUGUCAAACUAGCAUGGAUGAGCUCCUGAAAGAGAUUCAGGCUAUGAGCCAGUGCCACCAUCCAAACAUUGUGUCUUAUUAUACCUCCUUUGUGGUGAAAGAUGAACUGUGGCUGGUGAUGAAGCUGCUCAGUGGUGGCUCCGUGUUGGACAUCAUCAAGCACAUCAUCUCACGCGGCGAGCACAGGAACGGAGUGUUGGAUGAGGCCAGCAUCGCUACGAUCCUGAAGGAAGUCUUAGAGGGGCUGGAGUACCUUCACAAAAACGGACAGAUUCAUCGAGACCUUAAGGCCGGAAACAUUCUUCUCGGAGACGACGGCUCAGUGCAGAUAGCUGACUUUGGUGUGAGUGCCUUUCUAGCCACAGGGGGAGACAUGACGAGGAAUAAGGUUCGGAAGACGUUUGUUGGGACGCCAUGCUGGAUGGCGCCGGAGGUCAUGGAGCAGGUGGGAGUUGUUCUUCAGUUUCAUCUUGUACUGAGUCUAAAACAGGAAAAAAAAAUGAUGUUCAACAUUUUGUCCAAAUGGCUUUUGUUUUUAUAUCUGCAGGUCCGUGGCUACGACUUCAAAGCAGACAUCUGGAGCUUUGGGAUAACCGCUAUCGAACUGGCCACUGGGGCCGCGCCGUAUCACAAAUACCCACCAAUGAAGGUGUUGAUGCUGACUCUGCAGAACGACCCUCCUUGUCUGGAGACGGGUAUUGCGGACAAAGAAAUGGUGAAGAAAUACGGCAAGUCGUUCAGGAAGAUGAUCUCCUUGUGUUUACAGAAAGAUCCAGAGAAAAGACCAACGGCUGCCGAGCUGCUGAAGCACAAAUUCUUUACGAAAGCCAAGAACAACGAGUACUUGGAGGAAAAGCUACUGAUGAAAGGCCCCACAAUAUCAGACCGAUCUAAAAAGGUGCGUCGCGUGCCCGGUUCGAGUGGCCGCCUCCACAAGACGGAAGACGGCGGAUGGGAGUGGAGCGACGACGAGCUGGACGAGGAGAGCGAGGAGGGAAAAGCCGCCGUGGCCGCCCUGAGGUCACCCAGAGUGAAGGACGGCUCCCAAAACAUGGAGCUUUUCCCGCCAGCAGAUGGCGCCACCAUGCAUCUGCAGCCGCCCGGAGCUGCACACGAGAGACCAGCAAACCUGGCUGCAGCAGGAGACGAAGCUCCGCCGCAGGCUGCCACCCAGCCGGCGAGCCCUUCACACGGACCUGCGGUUCAGGAUCCUGCAGCCUCCAGCGUUCCCAUCAGCCUCGUCCUCAGACUGAGGAACAACAAGAAGGAGCUCAAUGACAUCCGUUUUGAGUUCAUGAGUGGCAGAGACUCUGCUGAUGGCGUCUCUCAGGAGCUGGUCUCAGCCGGUCUGGUUGAUGGGAGGGACUUGGUCAUUGUUGCUGCCAAUUUGCAGAAGAUUGUUGAUGAUCCUCAGAGUAACAAAAAUGUGACCUUUAAACUGGCGUCUGGUGUGGAGGAGUCCGAGAUUCCCGACGAUAUAAAGCUGAUCGGAUUUGCGCAGCUCAGCAUCAGUUAAGUGGGGCAGAGUUGGCGAAAUAAGACUGAAACGUAUGAGUUUUGCACAGCUGCAUUGUAGUCAACUCCAAGGACCCACUACUGCCAAAGAGAGGAGACUGAGGAUGAUGAUGAUGAGGAGGAGGAGGAGUGAGGUUGGCAGGAGUGUGACUCUACUGCAGGAUGCACGAGGACCACACCAAGGGGCUCAGCUCAUCACAGGAACCACACUUGAAAUGUUUACAGUGCGCUUAUAGAGUUUAACGGGAGAGAAAAAUGCAAUCAACUAUUAUCAGCUCCUAAUUUGUUUUCCUUCUAGUCCUCCUCCGCGUACACAAGCACAAUCCAAACCAUCUCCUGCCAGUACUGGAAACUGAUGGCCUUUUUUAAAAAAUUGUAUUUAUUUUUUCUCUCUUUUCGUUCUGUUUUUUAAAAUCAGUUUGUGCCACAAAGCUCGAGAGUGUCGUGCCACUGUCACGCGGCGCUUUCUGCUACACUGAAACUGAAAGUUCAGCCUUAGCUACCGUAAACUUCCCUCUCCCCCCCGAGUGUUUGGUAAACGAAGAAAUUACUUUCUUCAUAAAAAAAAUAACAUAUCAAACAAAUCUAAGAGUGUCCCUUGAAGUUCGAUACUGUACCUAAACGCAUCGCAGCAAAGUUCUCGGAUCCAGACUCCUGUACGAAGCGUCAGAAAUGGUGUAAAGAAUCGGAAAACAUCAGCAAGGAUUUCAGCACUGUUAAAACUAUUCUCAUGUGAGCAGCAGCGGCUUCAAUUCUUUUCUUUAUCUUUUUUAUGAAAUACUUUAUCAACUGGUAUUUUCUGAUGUAGUGCACACAGGUUUAUUUUCUCUCACUGAGCUCUGCCUAAUAUUCUUCUUCUAUGCAAUAGUGCUGUCUAUUUCAUCAUAUUUCACCACCGGUUGCUGUUUGUUGCUACUUUGUUUUUGCAUAAAACUGCUAUAUUUUUAAUUUUUUGUGCGUGCGCCUCCAAAAAGGAGUUCAUCAAAGGUCAACCGGCAGAAAUAGGCAUCUUUAGGAACCUGCUGCAGAAAGUUACAAUACUAAAAACCCGACUCAUCAACAGUUUGACGUGUAGGAUGAUUGCUAUCUUUUUUUUUUUUUUUUUCCUGUAAGAAAUAAUUCAGCCUUGUGGCAACUGAUGACCUGACAGCUGCAGAGAAUCCUGAAUGCUGGUGACGGGUGUCGAGUCCGAGGUGACUCAUGUUACACGCUGACUACGAGUGAACCUCUGUGGAGGCAUGCAUGCUCAAAACCUGGAAAUGUUCUUCCAAAGUCAAAUAAAGCUUAUAGGGGCAGCUUACUCUCAUAGCUGUUGGGAUUGUCCUUUUCUAUGCGGUAGAUAAAAAUUUGUUGUUGUUUUAUUUUUAAGGUCUUUCUGUACUUCACUGCAAUUUAGCUGCUACCACAUACAACGCAAAUGAAUACUGAGUCAUGGCUGUAUGCGUGAAAUCUGGUCUACACUUAUGGGAAACUAGUGUCUUUAAAAAACUAGUGACAUGUCCUAACAUAACCUGAGUAGCAACAGGAAUUUAUACCCAAAAUGCAGAUGUACAUAACGUUCAUACUUUUAACCCUCCCGCAGUCUGUGACUGGUUACAUGCGCUUUUACGAGGCAUUUUUUUGUGUGUGUGUGGUUCUGGGAACUGACGGUCUGAUGGAACAAACCUUCCCCACUGUAGGAACAUUUGCUGCGUUCCUCCUGAGUGUCGCGCUAAAGCUAGGUUCAUGGUGAGGCUUGCAUGAGGGGCUGCGUGCCUAACGUGUUCACCCGGCGCGCUGCCACGGCGCCUUGUCGCUCACAUGUUUAUUUGCGUGCAGAUUGCGCUCGUCACCUUGAAGGUGCUGCUGCAGAGCAGGUCGCCCUGCACUGGCAUUUAUAUAAACCCUUUUAUGGAGGCUCAUUUUAGGAGAAUAUGGCGUCAACGUACGAGUCAACCUUAAACUCCAAACCUCUGGCUCAACACAAACCUUCAAGAGCUAAAGUAUCCCGCCUGUCCUCAAACUGUUAAUUUCCCAACAAAAAAAUCCUAACUCCAGUCACUAGACUGUAUCAAAGCUGCAGCGUGUGUUUUUGUUCUGUGCCUCUGCGGUGUUUUCUCUGGUUUCCGUAUCAACCAGUCAGUGUUGAUGUUCAUUUAAAAGCCCCUGAGUGCCCUCAUCAACUUACUGACAGGGACAGACGGGACAAAUUUGUUAACCCCUUCUGUGCAAAAAGCAUGAACUCAUUUUUGUAUCUCUUUCAUUAACAGAAACUGUUGCAGAAUUCUAUUCUGAAUAGUCCAGAAAAAUGCAAACUUUAAUUUGACUACAUUUAUUCAAUAAAAAAAAAACAAUUGUUGGCACCAAUAAAAAGUUAGUCUAAGCAUUUUUUUUAAUUUAUCUUUACACUUUUAAGUUGAUCAGACUUUUUAGGAAUUUUAUAUAAUAAUCUGACUUUUUGCAUCUCUGGGGUGUAAAUAUAAAAUGACCGGGAGAUGGUAGAAAAAUAUAAAUGCGAUACGUUAUAUGGAUAUCGCCGAUAUCGACUCAAGUACUUUAAGUAUGAUGCACCAUCAAACCUCUGACCUUUAGAAAUGUUUGUGGUUUUUCCUUUUAAUUAUUUUAAUUUAAACCUGCAGAAUUUUGAUAAAGUUUAAAGGUGUCUACAAAAUGCGUUAGUAGCAUAUUAACAUGAAUAACAGAAACGACAGAAAAACAAAAGAUUUGUGUGCAUUGUUUAUCAAUAUAUUGUUUAUCCUUUUAGGAAAAUCAAAGCAAACCUUUUGGGUUUAUUUUUUUUUAGAGUUAAGAAUUUACAAUACAAUUUCAAGAAGGAAUUUAAAACUAAAGUAUUGAUCUUUCCAGGCCAGUAUCGAUUUGAUGCGAUGCCAACAUGGCAUCGAUAUUGAUAUUUUGGAUCGCUCCGCCCACUGGAUUCAAGCCCAGAUCCUCUGACAGGCAGGAGGCUCUUCUCUACAUGUUGGUCUUUCAUUUGGACACACCUGGAGUGUUUGUUGCCGUAAAGCUCCCAUCAUUUCAUGGUUGCAGUUCAUGUCCCACUACAGUAAACUUCCUUACGUUUUGAUACAUAUGGAUCCUCGUCCAGACGGUGGGAGAUGAAAAAUGUGCCUGUGUCACGUUGUAUUUAUACCCCCGGUAACUACUUACUACAAUUGGAAUACUUUUUAGAGGUUCCUGGAAACUCUGAUCAACUUAGAAUAUAAAAAAAAAAAAAAAUACUUCGGUCACAAUUAUAUAAAGAUGAUCAUUAGUUUCUUGGCACAAGAUUUGUCCCAAUUAAAUUUACGUGAAGUUUCGAUGUAACGAAAACAAAAAGAUUUGGCUGCAUCAAUAAAAGAUCCAUUUGUUUGAAGGUUUUCUUCAUCUCUUUACUGUAACUGUUAUCAAAUUAGUCCUCAUCUGUGCAUAGCUGCUAAACAUCAGAAAAGCUGAACGGCACAUUUUGCUCUUUUCUCUCCCCUUCACCUCCAUUAGAAUAGUAAGGAGGAAAGGUUAAUCUAAAACGAUCUGAAAUCCAAAUAUUUUCAGCAUCAAGUGAAUUAUUGUUUGAAACAUUUCAGAGGCCGCCUGCUUGAAGUUUUUUCCUUCUCUUUUUUUUUUUUUUUUAGCGUCACCGUUGAUGUCUUUUGUCUUAUUAUCCAAAUACUGGGGCUCUCCGGGUCAGGUGCUGAUGUAAAUGCUGCGUGGAGAGAUGUUGUAAAUAAGACGGGGAAACUCACACACGCAUUCGGGUUUCCGUGUACCGAUGCGGGAAUGCAGUGAAGGGAACAUUGUCCUUGUAAAUACAAAACAGAGAAAUCAGCCAUUGUUCGGGGCACAGAGGUCGAUUUGGCAGAGCGUCGCUAAUCAGGCAAAUAUUAUUAGUUCAGUUAGCGCCUUAUGAUUUUAAUUUUUUUUAUUUUUGCUUGAUUUGAAAUUGCUUAGAGCCUUUAAUAAAUUGUUCUGCUUUUUUUCUUCCCAGAAAAAAGGAUUAACCAAAUGACUCAUUGCUCUGCCGCUUUGUGUGUGUGUGUGUGUGUGUGUGUGUGUGUGUGUGUGUGUGUGUGUGUGUGUGUGUGCGUGCGUGCAUUGAUGAAAUGACUGAUCAGACGUUUGUAUCUCUUUCAUUAACAGAAAGCAAAUGUUGCCUCUAUGUGAGGUCACUAAGUGAUGAGAAUUGGUCCACAUUUCUAUUUUAACAUCUUCGACAUUGUACAUUUUAAGUUUUCUGCUUAAUCUUCAACAACUCUCCCAUAUAUUCAGAAUUUAAAGCAAAAUGUUUGCAGUGAGAUGCGAUGGAGGGCCCUCACAGGUUCAUCCACGUUGGUUGACAUGCGAGCUGAUUUGAAGUAUUUGAAUAAAGUCACGAUUGGUCUAAA